AUGGCCCUCCCUGGAGCACCAAUAAUUUCCCUUGGAGCCGGCCUCGAAAACCGUCGUUUCAAAGAACUAGCCUACGAAGCUGGACUCCGCGUCAAGAAAUUCUCUGCCAGAACUGAUGUCCUUGUAUCGACCAGUGUGUUAGAUCCGGACUAUCGGGUGGCCGUUUCGCUUGGAAUUCCGAUCGUACGUCCAGUUUUUAUAGAAUACGCUUCAGGCUUUGCUGAUUUCCGGUUGAGCCCGGAUAUUGUAGCAAAAAGCCGUCUCCCUCGGUUUGCUGGCUCCCGUGUUUUUCUAGCACUUUUCCUGGGAGAAACGGCAGAAUCAAAGAAGGAACUUAUUGAAGAACACGGUGGAUCCAUCUGUCAGUCUGCUUUGGAUGCGACGCAUGUUGUUGUACCAAUCGGAGAAGAUUAUCCAACGAAUGGGUUACAAUAUGUUGUUACCGAACAAUGGAUAUCCGAAUCCUUAAACCUCGGAUGGUGCGCGAAUGAAAAAUUGUUCCCGGCUUCUGGCCGAUCCGGGAAGUUGAUUCGACGCGAUGCCCUUCGCAGAGGAAAUUGUGAAGCAGCAAGUAAGAAGAUUCCAAGCAGCUUCCGCAAACUGAAAAUCUGGAAAAGCGAUCGUUCUGACACAAUGAAAUACAAGCGAUACACACAGGCCGGGGAACUUUACAAAAGUGAAACAGAAACCCUGAAAAAGUUGGAUGCUUUGAAACGGGAGCUGUACAACGUACAUUCACGGAUCGUGGAAAAACUGGCAAAAGUUUUUGCAACUUGGGCUGAUGAUAGUGUGAUUGGAUUGAUUUUUAUUGGGGAAAGCGACGCUUUAGCGGCUGCUUAUACGCCGUAUUUGGUCGGUCUACAGUAUGCACAAGAUUGCUUGAAAAAGGCUACACAACGGAAUCCGAAAUUUAAGGCGUACAUCCAGAAAUGUGAGUGCGACCGGAUGCUAGGAAGGAGCAAGAUAAGCGAACUUGUUUCCGCACCUUAUCAAGAACUAACAAACAAAAUCAAUGUAUUACUACGAGGUUGCGAGCCAACUUAUGUAUUUAUCAUUCGAGAUGAAUAUUCUGACCAUGAACUGGCGCUACGCGGCAAGCCACUUUACAGUUUUAUGGAGAAAUUAGCAAAUCGUUUCGAUACCUCAAGAUCUUUUAUGGUCGAAACCGUACAUUAUGACAUUGCAUCCCAAGCUCAAAAGGAGCAAUUAAAGAAGCUCGUCUCCAUUCCGAGUUUUAAUUCAACGGAUUCCCCAAUUGUCAAGCUGAGGACGUUUUCGAAGAGGUUGAGUCGCCGAAAAGCCAAGUCGGCUGUAGAUUUGCAGACGACAUUCAAUCUAACGCGUACCCUCAGCACUUUUGGAAUCCACUCCCAUCUACCAGAUCUUAUUCCGGAUGAAACCGAACACUUCAGCAACUACCUCGAGCCAAUCCUUCACGACGAAGCCCUUAUUUAU